AUGGCACCAAAGAACUCAUCGGACAAGGAAAAAGCGGCUUGGGAACUGAUACGACAACUGGAAAUCAACACAUGGGAGGCCCAAGACAACCUCCUAAAGGCUAAGAUUUCGCAGUCAUUCUUCACGAAUAAAAGCCGUGAUCUGACAUUUCCUUUCAAGGUCGGCGACCGAGUUGUCUUAUCCACACUGCACCACUGGCGGGAAUACAAAGCCCCAGGAAAGAAGCGUGUUGCGAAGUUCAUGCCAUGUUUCGAUGGCCUGUACAAGAUCAUGGACAUGGACAAAGAACAUUCAACAGUUAUGCUUGACCUCCCUAACUCACCGAACUUGUUCCCGACCUUCCACACAUCGCAAGUAAAGCCCUUCCAUGAAAACAAUGCCAUGCUGUUCCCAUCAAGAGAGUUCAAUCACCCGCCACCAGUAAUUACCAAAAAUGGCAAAGAAUACUUCAUUUGGGAUAUCAUCGACGAAUGA